AUGUCCAAGGACAAUCCUGCAGCAUCAACAGACGAAGCCCGUGGAGAAGCAUCUAGCAACACAAGCUCGCUGACAGCAGAUCCGUCGAGUGCGAACGAUGGUGGAGAGGAAGGAUCCUCGAAGCUGUCUAGAUCAGAUACAGAGCUCGAGAGCUCCAUGGUGAAGGCAGCGGACAGCGAAGAGAACGCCAGGGCCGAAGGGCUGACUUCAGGCCUUGACGCCCUGAGCAUCAAUGAAGAUGACCCUAGCAACCCGGCAGAGCAGCAGGCUGAGUGUAUAGAUGGAAUAGUCAACUCAAACCAGGACGAUUCAGACACGAACGAUGUCGACAAUAGCAGUGAGUCGGAGGACACCCAGGACUUUGAUGAGGACGAGGAUGAGGGGAAGAGCGGGUACAAGAAAGGAGGUUACCAUCCUGUCAGGGUAGGUGAGGUGUACAACAAUAACAUCGUAGUGAUCCGGAAACUUGGGUGGGGGCACUUCUCAACUGUCUGGUGUGCGUGGGAUCGCAAGCGGAAGGUGCAGGUGGCGCUGAAGGUUCAGAAGAGCGCCUCGCACUACACGGAGGCGGCGCUGGACGAGAUACGGUUCCUCAACAAAGUCACCAAGACUCCCGGGGCCGGGUCAGACCAUGUUGUCCAGCUGUAUGACUCGUUCAAGCACACCGGGCCCAACGGUACACACAUGUGCAUGCUGUUCGAGCCGAUGGGUCCGAACCUGCUUGCUUUGAUCAAGCACUACAACUACCGGGGAAUUCCGAUGGACAUGGUGAAGUCCAUCACCAGACAAGUUCUCAUGGGGCUAGACUUUCUCCAUUCCAAGUGUAGCAUCAUUCACACAGAUCUCAAGCCGGAGAACGUCCUUCUCUGUCCCGUGGAUGGCGAGUUCUCAGACGAUCUGGAAGAGGAAGCCAAGGAAUGCGUCGCCAAGGCAGCUGCAGAUGUUCCACUUACAAAGAAUCAAAAGAAAAGAUUAAGGGAGAAAAAGAAAAAAGCAGCCAAGGCCGCCGCCGCCGCUGCUGCUGCUGCAAGUGUAGCAGGGGAGAAUGAUAAUGCUGCAUCAACUGGGGAUGAUGAUGCCAGCGAGCGUAAAGAAGCAACAAAUGAAGAGAUUGCCGGAGACGCGCAAGAUCAGGACGAGGAAGGGAAAGGAAAUGUUCGUGCGCCCAGGAAGGAAAGGAACUACCCGCCAGGACUGGGUGCUUUGUUUCAGACAGGCCCAAACAUUGGAGCCAAGGUUGUGGACUUGGGUAACGCGUGCUACACAUACAAGCAUUUCACCGAGGACAUCCAAACAAGACAAUACCGCGCUCCUGAGGUCAUCAUCGGGGCUAAAUAUGACACUUCUGCUGACAUGUGGAGCCUUGCUUGCAUGGUCUUUGAGCUCGUUACUGGUGACCUGCUCUUUGAUCCCCACGAGGGUGACGGGUAUGACCGCGAUGAAGACCAUCUUGCGCAAAUGCAGGAGCUGUUGGGAAGGAUGCCCAAGGUGAUCGCCCUGGGUGGGAAAUUCUCCCUUGAGCUCUUCAAUCGGAAGGGCGAACUACGAAACAUUCGCAAGCUCAAGUUCUGGGAUCUCACGUCGGUGUUGGUUGACAAGUACCGGAUGCACGCAGACGAAGCCAGGGCUCUGACCGACUUCCUCAUCCCUAUGCUGGAGUUUGACACGUCCAAGAGAGCGACGGCGGCAAAGAUGUUAACCCACGAAUGGCUCCAGAUAGGAGGAGCUCAGGCUGAUGGGCCUUCAGUCUCGUCUGAAGAACAGAGGGAGGAGGUGGUGGAUGCAGGAGGGGAUGCUGGGAAUGUCGAGGAGGAGGCUCAGGGGAUACGAGAGAAUGCUGCGGUGCCCGGGGGAGGGGAAUCAGACCCAUUAGAGGUCAGGCGGCCUCCCAUCCCAGCAGCACCAGAUGAUGCGGAAUGUGCAGGCAACGGACUUGAAUCGCUGCGUGAAGUGUUAGGGGAGGAGCCUGAAGCGUCUCAGGAUGCGAAGGUCUUCUGUGGGACAAGUUGA